AUGUUUAAUCGCCUCACUUCACUAUUGAUAAUAGCAUGUUCUAUUAUUCAUUUUACACAAUCCACUUUUAUAUUUAACAUAACAAAUCCUAAUAAACUUUUAUGUUAUUCAUGUAAAGGCAACGAUUGUGAAAAGAUUACAAAUAGCAAUGAUCAUAUGAUCCUGUGCAAUAGACGAACACAAUUAUGUUGGGCUGGUUUCCUCAAUCAAAAACCAUAUCGAACAUGUGCAAAUCGUUAUUGUACGCCAAGUAGUAUAUCACUUGAUAGUGAUGUUAGUAAUGAACUUUGUUGUCGGUCAAAUUUAUGCAACUCUAUUCCACUUUCUUGGUCACCAGAUGAUGAAUCUGUGAAAAAUUCCACUUCUCCUACGAAAUCUUUGAUUGAUGGUAGUGCGGCAGCAGCUAACCAAUCUACAACAUCAAAAACAACACUAGCCGCAGCAAUAAUAGCAAAAACUUCCCCAACGCCAGCAGUCUAUGUUGUAAAUGAAAUAGUAAAUGAAGAAAGCAGAAUACUAGCGAAUGGAGAUGCCACUUAUGAACAGGAUGAUGGAACAUCAGUGCAUAAAUUUAAUCCAAAAGAAAGCGAUCCAUUAAGCUAUAAUGUUAAUUGGGAACGUGUACCCUACAAUACAGACUUCAGCAAUCGUGUUGUAUCGAUGAGUAAACUUGCAAUUUUGAUUAUGCCAAUUUUGCUAGUUUUAUUAUUUUAA